AUGCUUUCUCUUCUACUUUUUCUUCUUCCUCCUGGGUUUCCCCUCCCAUCUCAACCACUGCAGCCAGCAGCAGCUUUAAAUGCCACCCAGUCUGCCACUCCCCCAUCUGGCCCUUCGGCCCCUCUGGGCCUGGGUCUGGGGGGAGGGCUUGGCCUCGCUCCAAAGCCAAAGCGAUCCACUAGUCCAUCACAACCAGGCAGCACUGGGAGCACCAGCAGCACCGCUGGCACCUCAGCCAGUAGCAGCAGCGCUCCCCCAUCAGGCUUAGGCCUGGGGCUCCCGAGCCUGGGAUCCAAACCUAAACCUUCCCAGAGCAGCAAGCCUUCUGGGAGUGCAGGGGGUGGAGAAGGGGGGGGCAUUGGGGCUGGUGCACUGGGGCUUGGAUUGGGGAUGGGGCUACCAGGCAUGGGCGGCGGGGGCGGGGGAGGGGGAAGGGGAGGAGGAGGGGGGAGGAGGCAAGCGCAGGGGAGAGGGGGUAGUGGGCGGGGGGCGAGUGGCGGAGCACGUGACCUGGGCGGCAUGUUUGAGGUGCUGGGGUCCCUGGGGAUGGGCGGGGGGGGAAUGGGCGCAGGUGGCAUGGGGGGAGCGGGGCUAGGUCCGUUUGGGGGGAUGGGGGCGUUGGGGGGGAUGCCAGGGAUGCAAGGGAUGGGCGCGCCUGCAGGCCUGGGCGGGCUGGGCUUGGCGCCAGCAGCGCCAGGAGGAGGAGGAGCAGCAGCAGGGGCAGCAGCAGCAGGGCGAGGGGCGUCUGAGGCGAAUCCGCUGGGCGCCAUGAUGCAGCAAGCCCUGGCUGACCCCGCCCUGUCGCAGCUCAUGCACGGCUUUGCUGCUGGUGCUGGCGGCAUGGGGGGUCCCGGGGGACCGCUGGGGGGAGCGGUGAGAAGGGGAGGCGCAGGGAGAGGUGGGGGGGGGCGGGGAGGCGGGGAGCUUGACCUGGGCGCGUUGCUGGGGGGAUUGGGGGGGAUGGGGGGGAUGGGGGGGUUGGGGGGGAUGGGGGGAAUGGGGGGAAUGGGGGGGAUGGGGGGUAUGGGGGGAAUGGGGGGGAUGGGGGGUAUGGGGGGUAUGGGGGGGAUGAGUGGUGGUGGGGGGAGCUUUGGGGGGCAGCAAGGGGGGAUGGGUGGUGGUGGGCUUGACUUGGGGGCGCUGUUGGGAGGGUUGGGUGGACCGGGAGGGGGAAUGAUGGGUGGGGGCAUGGGAGGGGGUAUGGGGGGCAUGGGAGGGGGUAUGGGGGGCAUGGGUGUGGAGGGAGAGGAGUUGGAUUUUGGGCAGAUGAUGGCUGACGUCAUGCCCAUGGUGUCACAGAUGCUGGGCGGCAUGGGCUUGGGCGGCACAGGCGGCGGCUUGGGCGGCGGCAUGGGCACGAGUGGUGGGCGGAGGAGCACGGGGGGUGGCAGGCGAGUGGAGGAAGUAGAGGGGGAGGACGAGUGGAAGAACUCUCUCUCUCAGGAGGAAGCGGCAGAGUGGGCGGCAAUCAUGGAAGAGGACGAGAAGCGCCAGAGGGACAUGCCACGUCAGCGCCCGUUCAGCGAUGCGUACUGGCGCGGGCAGCGUGGCAAGCCACCCCACCAUCGCACUGACACGGCAGCACAGCUGUUGCAAACCGGCGCCCCUCCCUCUGCGGUGCUGGCUGCGGCCGCUAAAGCUGCUUCCAUUGCCGCUGCUGCUGCUGCUGGGGGGGAGGAGGGGCGGCGAGGGGCUGGGAUGCGGGGAGCAAUUGAGAGGAAGGAGAGGCAGGAGCGAAUGAGAGUCGCUGCUGAGGCUGUAGCGGCAGACGAGGCAGUUCUGGAGGCUUACACUGCCCUGCUGGCGUGGGACCUACAGGCUCGCCUCUCCUCCGAUCCGGAUGCCCAGGGUCGGUUGAGCUUGCAGCAAGUCCUGAAGUCGGACCAACAGCCAGACGAGGUGGCCUCUGCUUCAAACCCCCCCAGCUGA